UUUUUUCUUUGGUUUCCGCUGACACAGGCGCAGUGACUGACAUCCAUUUACCCAAGCCUGUACGGUGCAUUCAAACUGAAAUGGCUUUACCGUCUGAUCGCUGCUACCUGGGAUUUGAUUUCAGCACCCAACAGCUGAAAGUGGUUGCUGUUGAUGACAACCUGACCAUUGUUCAUCAGAGUGCAGUGCAUUUUGACACAGAGCUUCCUGAAUACAGGACCCAGGGCGGUGUUCAUGUCCACAGUGACAGGUUAACUGUAACCUCCCCUGUACUCAUGUGGGUCAAGGCUCUAGAUUUGAUCCUGGGUAAGAUGAAGGCCUCUGGGUUUGAUUUCUCUUCUGUGAAAGCCUUGUCUGGAAGUGGGCAGCAACAUGGCAGUGUGUAUUGGAAAGAAGGCUCCCGUCAGAUCCUCCGGGACAUGUCACCUGAUAAGCCUCUGCAUGAGUUACUGGAGUCUUGCUUUGCAGUGACAGACAGCCCUGUCUGGAUGGACUCCAGCACCACUGAGCAGUGCCAGCACCUGGAGCAGGCGCUUGGAGGGGCACAGCAGCUUGCUGAUAUAACAGGGUCUCGGGCAUAUGAGAGAUUCACUGGAAAUCAGAUUGCAAAGAUUUGGAAGACAGAUCCUGGACACUACAAACAAACAGAGAGAAUAUCCCUGGUCAGUAGCUUUGCUGCUUCCUUGUUCCUUGGGGACUAUGCUGCUAUAGAUUACAGUGAUGGCUCUGGGAUGAAUUUAAUGGACAUCUCUAAGAAGGAGUGGGCACAGCACUGCCUGGGAGCCGUGGCACCUGGGCUGGGAGGGAAACUGGGCACCCCGCUGCCUUCAGUGGCAGUUCUGGGUUCUGUAUCGUCAUACUAUGUCCAGCGCUAUGGCUUCUCACCAGACUGUAAAGUAAUAGCUUUCACAGGGGACAACCCAGGGUCCUUGGCAGGGAUGAGACUCCAGGAAGGAGACAUUGCAAUCAGCCUUGGCACCAGUGACACAGUCUUCCUAUGGAUUCAGGACCCCAGACCCACAGUGGAAGGACAUAUCUUUUGCAAUCCAGUUGAUAGCCAGGCCUACAUGGCAUUGAUAUGUUUUAAAAAUGGCUCCUUUACCAGAGAGAGAAUCAGAGAGGAAUGUGCAGGAGGAUCAUGGGAAGAGUUUUCAAAAGCUCUGAAGGCCACACCUGUUGGGAAUAAUGGCAACAUAGGAAUUUAUUUUGAUGUAAUGGAGAUUACCCCAGCAGCCGUGGGGGUUCACAGAGUUAAUGGGGAAAACGACAGGGUGGCAGGCUUCCCGGAGGAGGUUGAGGUCAGGGCUCUAAUUGAGGGCCAGUUCCUGGCAAAGAGAGCUCAUGCUGAGAAACUGGGCUAUAAAAUAUUACAAGAAACUCGAGUCCUGGCAACUGGUGGAGCAUCUUCAAACAAGGACAUCCUGCAGGUCCUGGCAGACGUAUUCAAUGCCCCGGUGUACACAAUUGACACUGCUAAUUCAGCCUGUCUGGGAUGUGCAUACAGGGCCUUGCACGGGCUUGUAGCUGAAAUGGGAGUUUGCUUUGCUGAAGCUGUACAAAUGGCACCAGAACCAAAGCUUGUAGUGACUCCAACACCAGGAGCAGAGAAGGUUUAUGAGCGACUGCUGAAGAGGUACACAGAACAGGAGCAGAGAGCAUUUCUCUGAAUCAAAGCCAUGAAUAACCCAGUCUAACAGCCUUGCUCCUGCUUUAUCUGCUUACAAAGAUACUGAUUUUCAUUCAGUGCUAAAUGACAGAAGGUCACAAGGUAGCAUUGUAGACAUUACAGAGCGCUUUAUGUGGCUGAGGAAAAAAAGUUACAAGAAAUAGAUGCCUACAAUUAUUUAUUUCAGCAUUGCUAAUUCAAAAGUAUUCAUACCCAUACCCUGACAAGGAAAUUGAAAUUAAUAGCUAGUUGAGGCACCUUUAGCAAUAAUAGCCUUUUUUAAAUUAUUAGGAUAUUUGUCAGUGAGCUUUUGGCAUGAUUCCAUGCAGUACCCGACCUGUGGUUGAAAUGGAAACCCCAGUCCCACUUGCAGCCAGUUUACUUUGAAUAUCUUUGGAAGUCAAUCUCGGAUUGUUAUUAACCUUCCUCACAAUUCUUCUACUUGUUCUUGGUGAAAGAACAUUCAUUCUUCCAGGCCGAGGGGGGCGUUGUGACAGUACCAUGAGUCUGUACUUCUUGAUAAUAAAAACAAUAGCUGAAAUUGGGAUACUCAAAUGCUUGGAAAUCUUCUUGUAUCCUUCUCCAGUUUUAUGACAAUAAAUUUUCUGCCUAAGGUCUUCAGAUAGCUCUUUACUUUUUCCCAAAUUGACUUAAUGACAAUGACAGCAGUCAUCCUAUGCCUAACCCUUUUAUCUAAGAAUGUUCACCUACAAUUUUCUAGACUUUUCUGGAAUUAGGUUCUGCAUUAUCAUAUUGACAUUUCUAGCACCAUGUAGACAAUACCAUCAUAGCAUCAAAGUGUAUGAAUACUUUUGAAUUAGCAUUUAUGAAAAAAAAUGCUGAAAUAAAUAAGCUAGAUAAGUAGAUAUCUAUUUCUUGUGACUUUUUUUCCUCAUCCACAAAAGCAUAACUUUUACAACAAAAGUGUAGUAUAUAUUUCUGUGUGUGAAAGUAACUAAAUUGAAAUGUACAGGGGGGAAUCUUAAACCAUUCUCUGUGUCUUCUUGGUUUCUGGUCACAAACUCCCCCACUGACAAAGAAUGCUUUUAAAUACUGGACAAAUGGCUUAUCUUCAUGAUCGCUGAAUGACUCUCUUGGCGCCGCAAGCCAGACAGUUCUGGGUGCUUUGACACCCAAGACAGGAACCAGUCCAUCAUAUAAAUCCAGCUGACAGGGGGUGGAAUAGCAGACCAAUGCAGAACAAGGGGCCGCGUCGGAAUGAGAACAACCAAUGAGAAACACUCCACGUGGACUCAGGCACCGCCCAAAAUAACCAAACUAUCCAAUCACAGGGGUAAAGAGAACAUUACAAAAGUAUGAGCGCGACACUCAAACAGGGCUCCCGACACGAAAUCCAAGGUUCUGAUACACAAACCAGUCUUUGAACUGUGACAAUCUGGAGAUCCAGCCUGCGACCAGCUGGAACAGAGGUACCGUUUUCAGACACUCUAAUACAAGAUAACUAUUAUAGUGUUUGCCUUGGUGUGGGAGUCCGCUGCGUAAGACAUCUAAAAUCAUAAAAGUACUUGUAAUCAAAUCUCUAACUUCUCUAGCCCCGAUUGAUCACCGGAGAAAGAGUUGGAUGAACAUUUGAAGUCGACAUAAAUUGAAAUAUAUUCAAUUUAUUGAGCUAGCAGUGCCAGAGUUUGCGGUGGACUAUCCCAGACAUAACCGGACGAAGAGUGCACAUAUUGGUGGAGGAAUUGCUGUUUAAGUGGAAUACCUAAAUAGUUAAUGACUGGUUCUUUUGCAAAGACAUUUCUUUCAUACCCUGAAGUGGAGACGAAAGGCGAAGAAGGCAGACCCCCGGAACCUGGACCUGUCCUUGCCAGCAGGAGAGCCUUCGAGCUCCUGUAUUGUUGAAGACACAGAUCAGCUGGAUGAGGCAGCGCACGUCCGUUAAGUAUUCAAAGAGUAGUGUUUUAAUCCUGUUAUGAACUCGAGAUUAAGCAGACCUUAAAGUAAAAUUCAUGUUUUGUUUUAAGUGGAAUGUAAGAAAAGUAUUAUUGCUUUCAAUUCAUGCUUUGAGUUAAUGAACACUAUAAUAUUUGUUUUUAUGUGAUUUAUACAAAUUGAUGUGGGUUUUAGAAGGCAAUUGUCAUUCUGCGUUAGAAGCUAGAAUCCAAAUUUAGCUGUCUUGAUAAUAGAUCAUUCUUGAUAGGUUGUCUGGACGCAAAGAGCGUCUUUAUCUCGCAAGAGUGAGAAUUGCCUUCUGAACCAAAAUUAUACAUAUGAGACUGAUUUAACGAUGCUUUGAUUAUCAAAUAUUAACGAAAGUAAAUAUUUCUGUUACUAACGAUAACCCAGUUAAGACUAACCUUCAUCUUAAAUAGCUGUCAGGAAUGCAAGUUGUAACCUUUAAGGGAAUCUCCCAUAGAUUGCGUUGGAUCGCUAAUCAACCAGCGGGAGUGGGGUGUCGUUGUUUAAACUUUCUUUUCUGUACUGUUUAGUUUAGUUAAUUCUUUUCUGUAUUACUUUAGCUUAGUUGUUGCACCUUUAAUUGUUCCUUUAUGUAAUUUUAUUUCUAAUAAAACUGUUCCUUUGUAUUCAC